GGCCGGCUGAGCGGCAGCAUCAUGGCGGACCGAGACAGCGGCAGCGAGCAAAGCGGAGCGGCGCUGGGCUCCGGCGGCUCCCUGGGGCACCCGGGCUCGGGCUCGGGCGGCGGCGGGGGCGGCGGCGGCGGGGGCGGCGGCGGGGCCCCGGGGGGGCUGCAGCAUGAGACCCAGGAGCUGGCCUCCAAGCGGGUGGACAUCCAGAACAAGCGCUUCUACCUGGACGUGAAGCAGAACGCCAAGGGCCGCUUCCUGAAGAUCGCCGAGGUGGGCGCCGGGGGCAACAAGAGCCGCCUCACGCUCUCCAUGUCGGUGGCCGUGGAGUUCCGUGACUACCUGGGCGACUUCAUCGAGCACUACGCGCAGCUGGGCCCCAGCCAGCCCCCGGACCUGGCCCAGGCGCAGGAUGAGCCGCGCCGGGCGCUCAAGAGCGAGUUCCUGGUGCGGGAGAACCGCAAGUACUACAUGGAUCUCAAGGAGAACCAGCGGGGCCGCUUCCUCCGCAUCCGCCAGACGGUCAACCGGGGGCCCGGCCUGGGCUCCACGCAGGGCCAGACCAUCGCGCUGCCGGCCCAGGGGCUCAUCGAGUUCCGCGACGCCCUGGCCAAGCUCAUCGACGACUACGGCGUGGAGGAGGAGCCGGCCGAGCUGCCCGAGGGCACCUCCUUGACUGUGGACAACAAGCGCUUCUUCUUCGACGUGGGCUCCAACAAGUACGGGGUGUUCAUGCGGGUGAGCGAGGUGAAGCCCACCUACCGCAACUCCAUCACUGUCCCCUACAAAGUGUGGGCCAAGUUCGGCCAUACCUUCUGCAAGUACUCCGAGGAGAUGAAGAAGAUCCAGGAGAAGCAGAGGGAGAAGCGGGCAGCCUGCGAGCAGCUCCACCAGCAGCAGCAGCAGCAGCAGGAGGAUACAGCGGCAGCGACCCUGCUGCUGCAGGGGGAGGAGGAGGGGGAGGAAGAUUGAUCAAACUGUAAAAACAUAAACACACAUACACACACACACAAACAG